UUCUAGGAUAUAAGUCUGUAGUUCGGUACUCCGCUUGCCAGCACGCACCGAGCACUCCAUCUAACAAUAAGAUGCAGCAACAACUAUAUGAAUAAGAGUGAAAGGGAAAGCAAAAACGACAAUAUAAAAACCCCCAUUGUGAAUUAGUCACGUUUAUAUAAACAAUGUGCAAACCAGCCUCCAGACUUCAAGCAAAACCUCUAGUUCUGCUGCCGUUCAGCAUCUUUCUCAGUUAGCAGGCAUUAACUGAGUGCAGUUCUUCUGUGAUCCUCUCCUGCCAAACAAUAAUCCAACUGAAAUGCCACAUCAGAUGAGCACAUAAAAAUAAAGAGAAGAAAACGGAUUAACAAAAAUCAAAACCAUAUGGCAACAGCCUACAACCUAAGCUCAUACGCCUGACGAAUCGAAAAGAUGAAAACUGGCCAAGGUGAGAAGCCUCCGUCACUUGCAUGCACCUGGUUAUAGAAGAACUGUAGAUGAGGGUUUGCUCCAUAAAAACCUGAUAGCCAAAACUACUGUACAGUCAUGCUCCUUGCACAAAACUAAUUAAACACAAGAACAUACUGACAGAUAGAUAUGAAUGAAAAAGAUGCUCUUCACGUGGUGGUGUUCCCAUGGCUCGCCUUCGGCCACAUCGUCCCCUUCCUCGAGCUCGCCCAGCAGCUGGCGAGGCGCGGCCACAUCGUCACCUUCCUCUCCACCCCGAGGGACGUCGCCAGGACCAGGCCCGUCCCGCCGGAGCUCUCCCCGUACAUCCGCUUCGUGUCCCUGCCACUGCCGGCCGUCGACGGCCUCCGGGACGGCGCGGAAGCUACGUCCGAUGUCCCGCCUGAGAAGGUCGAGCUGCUCAAGAUCGCCUUCGAUGGCCUCGCCGCGCCUUUCGCCGGUUUCCUCACCGCGGCCUGCGGGGAGGAGACCGGGGAAGGGCACGGCAGGAGGCCUGACUGAGUCAUCGUCGACUUCGCGCACCACUGGCUCCCGCCCAUCGCCGACGAGCAUUGGGUGCCGUGCGCGCUGUUCUUCAUCUUCUCGGCAGCGUUCGUGGCGUUCAUCGGCCCCAAGGAGCUGAACGACGCGCACCCGCGGACGGCGGCGGAGCACUUCAUGGUGCCGCCGCCGUGGAUCCCGCCGCCCUCCCCGAUCGCGUACUGGCGGCAAGAGGCCGAGUGGAUUGCGGGCGCGUUCCAGCCUCCACGUCUAAUAGCUUUGUGCACGUUGGAUCAAAAACAAUAAUGGAGGUUUGGACUUCUCUUGAACGAACGGUCAAUCGGCUAGCAAAAAAUAUCUCUGAAUAGGCCAUUGUUUGAACUGCUGCUGAAAGAUACUCUAGCCACCAGAAACUUGCCGAUCAUAGUCUGUAUGGAUGCUUGCAGCCGGCUAUCUCUCACUCUGGAUCUUAUGGGAUUUUACGGAUUUUGUUGUCAACAACGGUCAUCAAACCAUAAGACGCCCUUCCAAUCCUGACGGAAAACACUCAAAAUUUUUCCUUCCCAGGGAUAGUUUUUG